AUGGAAGAAGAAAUCAAGCAAGCUAUAAAAACAGCAAAAAUUGGCAAAACACUGGAUCCCGACGGACUGCCCAAUGACUAUUACAAGAAGCUUGGACACAACCUUAUUCCCAGGCUAACUAAAGCCCUUAACAGACUGACAGACAGAACAUGUUUCCACAAAGAAUUCCUGGUGGCUACUAUCACUGUAAUACCAAAACCUGGGAAGAACCCGGAAAACUCUAGAAACUUUCACCGACCUCUCUGCUUAUCCUUGAUGAGAAGCUCCUCUGAAGCUCCUCUGCAACAAGCCUCCAACAUGUCCUGCCCU